GCAUGAUCGGUCUGUUUCCUGGCCACGAGUCAGCUGACCUAAAGCAAAACCAAUUGGAUUUCGGCUCUCAGGAAGACAAGCAGCACGCUGCGAGUGUCUGAACUUUACGUGUCCAGCCAGUGUACAUACAUGAAUACCGAGCAGGUGUCGGUUCUGUACUUUGCAAAAAGUGCCGAAUUAACGGGACUUAAAGCGGAGAACAUUACUGUUCCGUCAAACAUAACAUCUCUACAGCUGUGGCAGGAUUUGGAGAACAGACAUCCGAGACUCUCUGUGUUACGAGAUCAAGUGAUUCUUGCAGUGCGUCAGGAGUACGUGCCUCUGGGUGCGCAGCUCUUGACCCUCAGACAGGGAGACGAGGUGGCCAUUAUACCACCCCUUAGUGGAGGGUAAAGGUAUUACCAAGGUACUACCAGAGAUAAUUUUGAGGGUAAAAAAGUAAUACAGCUUGAAUAUGAGGCGUACAUUCCAAUGGCAGAGUCAGAACUGAGGAAGAUCUGCAGUGAUAUCAGGACAAAGUGGCCCAGUGUCAGACAUAUUAGCAUACAACAUAGACUUGGUGUGGUUCCUAUAACAGAAGCAAGCGUUAUAAUAGGGAUCUCAUCACCACACAGAAAUGAUUCCCUGGAGGCGGUGAGAUACUGCAUCGACACACUCAAAGCGACUGUACCAAUCUGGAAAAAGGAAAUAUAUGAGUCUGGGGAGCCUUGCUGGAAAGAGAACAAGGAGUGUUUGUGGGCAGAUGGUGGAAAAGAUUCCAAGGAAAGUUGAGCUGUUAAAUGAGCAAAUGAGCUUCAGUAAAUCUCAUGAAGUGU